AUGGCAUAAAGAAGAUCUUUCCAAUAAUCACCAGACAGAUCCUAAUUUGGAGCAAAUGGAGACCAGUCAGUCAAACUUAACAUUAAGAAAAUAGAGGACUCAAUAGCUAAUGCCAGCAGCAAUUUAAGAGAAUAUAAAAAAGAGAUUGAAUGUUUGAGAUAAGAUAUAGCCAUGAUGGACAAUCACUUGCAAACACUUAACGAUGAGAACAUUAAAGUCAUCAAUCCAUUAGUUGUCUCUAACUUUGACCAUUUAACUUCUCAAAUCCAAAUGCAAAAGAAUGAAAAUGAUCAUAUGCAGAAACAAUUAACAGAAUUGAAGAAAGAAAAGAGUUUAAUGCAACAAUAGAUUAUGCAAGCAUCCUAAAAGAUAGCUUUGCUAGAAGAUUCAGUUGGUCUAUGA